CGGACUCAAAGAUUAGGCUACGUAGUACACAUGUAUUUUGCGGACCCAGGCCUGCCAGUGGAAGGAAACGCAGUGGAUUCAGAUGUUGUCCUACUAAGCAAAAAAUAAUAUAAUAUCUUCAAACAUUCUGCUGUAUAUUUCAACGGAAGACCAGAAACCGUGGUUUGACAGUUUUGGAAUUUCUAACGCGUUCUUUUGGAGUAGGGUCUUGAGACAGAAGUCCCACUUGGAUGCCCAAAACACACACUUUGUCCAGAUUUCAUCAUGAAUCGGAAUAAGCGUGAAAAGGAGUAUUACAGUUUAGAUGUCGGGGAUUCCACUUUUACGGUUUUGAAGCGCUACCAGAAUUUAAGACCCAUAGGCUCCGGAGCACAAGGGAUUGUCUGCUCAGCGUAUGACCACAACCUUGAACGAAAUGUGGCAAUUAAAAAACUCAGCCGGCCUUUCCAGAACCAGACCCAUGCCAAAAGAGCUUACAGAGAACUGGUGCUCAUGAAAUGUGUCAACCAUAAGAACAUCAUUGGCCUAUUAAAUGUAUUCACGCCACAGAAGACGCUGGAAGAAUUUCAAGAUGUGUAUAUUGUGAUGGAGCUGAUGGAUGCCAACCUGUGCCAGGUGAUUCAGAUGGAGCUGGACCACGAGCGGCUGUCCUAUCUGCUCUACCAGAUGCUGUGUGGCAUCAAGCACCUUCACGCCGCGGGCAUCAUACACAGGGAUCUGAAACCCAGCAACAUUGUGGUAAAGUCUGACUGCACGCUGAAGAUCCUGGACUUUGGAUUGGCCAGGACAGCGGCCACGGGACUCCUGAUGACCCCGUACGUGGUGACCCGCUACUACCGCGCCCCUGAAGUCAUAUUGGGCAUGGGUUACCAGGCCAACGUUGAUGUCUGGUCUAUUGGCUGCAUCAUGGCAGAAAUGGUCCGAGGUAGUGUGUUGUUCCCAGGCACAGAUCAUAUUGAUCAGUGGAACAAGGUGAUCGAGCAGCUGGGGACUCCAAGUCAGGAGUUCCUGAUGAAGCUCAACCAGUCAGUGAGGACUUACGUGGAAAACAGACCCCGCUAUGCCGGCUAUACCUUCGAGAAGCUCUUCCCCGACGUCCUCUUCCCAGCCGACUCAGAGCACAACAAACUGAAAGCAAGUCAAGCCAGAGACCUAUUAUCGAAGAUGCUGGUAAUAGAUGCAUCCAAAAGGAUCUCUGUGAGCGAGGCUCUCCAGCACCCCUACAUCAACGUGUGGUAUGAUCCAACUGAAGUGGAGGCGCCCCCACCACUGAUCACAGACAAGCAGCUGGAUGAGAGGGAGCACACGGUGGAGGAGUGGAAAGAUUUGAUAUACAUGGAGGUUCAGGACUGGGAGGAGAGAACGAAGAAUGGAGUGAUCCGGGGACAGCCAGCGUCUUUAGGUGCAGCAGUGAGCAGCAGCUUCCAGCAGCACCCUUCUGCGUCGUCCUCGUCCGCCAACGAUGUGUCCUCCAUGUCCACCGAUCCCACCCUGGCCUCGGACACAGACAGCAGCCUGGAGACGGCCUCUAACACGGACUCGCUGGGCUGCUGCAGAUGACCAUCACCCUGCCCUGGUCCCUGUCCCACCAGUCCCUCCGCUUGUCUUCAAUGGUGUAAAGUUUAGGCCAGUUUCGAUGUUUGUUUGUUUGUAAAAAAAAAAAAAAAAAAAAAACAGUUUAAAAAACAAACAUUUUUUCCUUAAAGUACUACUACAGAGUCAUUUUUAUUACAUUUUAUUAAUAUUUUUUAGUCCAGGCUGUAAUAUCAAUUUAUUUUUAACCUAGGAACUUUAUGAUUUCACUACGCUGCAGUUUUGGCCAAUGGUGAUAGUUUGAGAAUGUCUGUAAAAGAGUUUUACAUGCUUUAAUUUUGUAUCUUUGUUUUUAAUUUCGUCUACUUCUAUUUAAGCUACUGCUGUUUCAACUGGCCAUAUCAAUGUAGAAUGAGUUUGUACAGAUUUUAUGGUGAAUAUAUUUUUUUCAAAUUUAGUUUGCAGUGAGCCAUUCUAACCAUCAUUUAAUUGAUACAUUUAUGAUUUUAGUACUCCCCUUCUGAAUAGUACUAUUUCUUUGUCUAUUCUAAUCUUUCAUAUAGAAUAUUGUUUCAUGCAUAUCCAUUUGAGAUAUACUUUAGAUUUAUUUGUAAAAAAAAAAAAAAAAAAAAAACAGUUUUCCUCGUGAGUCACUACCUCCUUGAAAAAACAAAACAGUUUAUCAAACCGCUUUCUUUUUUUCUUUUCUCAUUAGUUUAGUCUUAAAAUAUCUCAAAAUGCUGUUAGAUUCCUGAACCAUUUUCUCUUUUGGUAAGAGAAGACAUUUAGUAUUUCUUUUCUUUUUUUUUUUUGGAAUUUUUGUCUGAAUUUUCUUUUCCAACGUUAUGGGUGUUACAGUAUAUGACGGAAAUGGAGCAGAUAGGCCCAGAAAGGAAACUAAGGAGCUUUUGAUCAUUUUCUUUGUUUGUCAGUGCUGAAGACACUGCUUCCUCUGCACUGGUCAGUUAUUCUCCAGUGAUUAUUUUCUACAGCCCCACUGUCAAAGAAAGAGUAAACCUAUGUUGAACGCUAGGACUGAGAAACGUGGCAGUAUGCCGAAGAGCUUUGUGAGAAAUAGGAUGUUACUAGUUAGAAUACAUGACUUGGAGACGGUUGAAGGUAUAUGAAGAAUGUGUUUCGAUUGAGUCCAACACAGGGACGUAAAGAGAGGGCUUGUGUAUGUGGUGAUGUUGGUUGUCUUUGGAGGGAUGGACAUUCUGCCGGCUUAAAGCGCAGAAACAAACUAUUUAAAGAAACAAGGUUCCUAAUCUGUGCUCAUGUUAUUCAUGUAAUAUAAGUGUGCAGGCAGUUUGCAGAAAUUUCAAAUUGGAAAAUGAGUGUACAAUACGUAAGUAAUAAGCUGGAUCUCAGAGAAGAUAAUUGUCUGAACCCUUUGCAGAACUUGUACGUAUGCAUGCACUAAAUAAAUGUCACCCUAUGCUUAGUACAUCACACAAUAGCUACAGAACCACCUCAAAACCCAAGUGAAUCAGUGAUUCUGAACUGUAUGCAAUAAUGGUGUCCUUAGUGUUUUUUAAAAAAUUAAUUAAUUUAGCUUUUAAAAGGAAAAAGUGCCUGUAGUUUGUCAAGCAUUCAUUCCUGAGUAUCUCGGAAGAGGAUGAGUAGUCCUGUUGUGUCGAGGUCAAUAACGGUUCCUGAUAAUGACUACAGUUAGUUUCCACAAAUAAGUCAAUCACAUUUGAGGCGUUUAUCGUUAAUGUAUUGUACAUUUUCUUGGAAUUGUUAAGUCUCCAACUUUACGGUCAAUGUUCUGUCAAGAGGAUGAUGUAUGCUUCUGAUUAUUUUAGCUCAUACAUUUGAACAUUUUUCAAAAAGGGGGCAGUUUUAUCAAAGUAGGUCUUUCAUCAAAGUAAAAUACAUUUUUUAAAAAAAUUACAAUGACCGGUAGGUGCGUAUGGUUUGCGGCUUUACUUUGCAUAAUGAGAAUGUGCUUGAUGAUUUUAGGAGGGUCAAUGAUCAUACUGUUUUGCCUCAUUUCCUCAAUAUUAAGCCAAAUGUAUUUGCGUUGAAUGGUGGCUGUGGCAGUGUAGCUGUUAUGCGGUGGCGUUGAAGAAUGCCUGUGCUAAAUGAUGGAGUUUCAGAAUGUAAAAUACCAUGUAGUGUGUUGUUGAAUGGUCGAAGGGGAAGGUAUGCAGAAUAACAGCCAAUCACAUGUAACCAUUAUUAUAGUAGCUGUGUUUAUCAUUCAUAAUUAUGAUUACUUUUUUUGUUAUUUUAAGUGCUCUUCUGUUUCUUAACCCAGCAUUAUUAGGGACACAUUCAGAAUUGUUUGACUUUCUGUGGCUUUUUGCUUUUCUAUCACAUCUCUGAAAAUUGUAAUUGUGAUUUUUUAAGUAGGCUUUGAUGAACUACCUCACACUCAAUUUCUACAAGUUCUAGGAUACCUAGUUGCCCACAUGAUUAGCUAUCGAAGACAUGUGAAUACAGAUUCCGUUAUUUAUUUAUUUGAAAGUGUAAUAUUGUCAAUGUUAGGAAACUUCUAGUUGUGUACGGUGUGUACUUCACCUAGAUGUAAAGAGAAUUGUUUAUGUAAAUGUCACCCCCCCCCCCCCUUUUCCCCUCUUGUUUUUACAGUUCAUGUGCAAUACCUUCUGCAAAUUAUGCUAGUAGUAAACUAAGUGAUGGAUCUAGCCUGUUACUUUGUAUUUUUCUGAAGGUAGAGAAAUGUUUGGUACUGUCAAUCCAUGUUUUCCUUUUUUAUGAAUUAGGAUGAUUCCUUGUGACUUUUAAUCUAUGAUGUUACGUAAUCAGUCCUAAACCAGUCCUUAAUCUAUGGCCAGAGGCGGUUAUAUCAUACAUGGCCAAUAGAUUUUGAUUGGGAUAAGGCCAAAUAAUGAUAAAGGAAAAAAUGUUAAAGAUAAGUAAUGCCUAAAAACAAACUCAUAUAUAUGGUGCUGGUUUGUUAUGCAACUAGUUAAACAUUUCGGGCUCUGCAUCCUGACCGCAGCCAAUGAAAAGUACACUACUGGAAUAAAAACACUGGGAUCUGAUGAUGCCAACUUAAAAAACAAACAUGUACUGCAAAUAAAAGAAACAAUUUGACUCA